CCACAAUUAUCACACACCGCUGAGCGUCCAAACAUGAUCACGCUAUAUCUGUUGCUCGCCAUACCACUGGCGCUGUACGGGGUUUACCUCGUAUCAAAACGAAAAUUCAGAUACUGGGAACAGAAGAAAGUGCCACACCUACCACCAAAACCAAUUCUGGGCAAUUUCUCCGAAUACAUACUCCAGCAGAAAUUCUAUGGACGUGUUGAACAGGAGAUCUGCAACAAGUUUCCUGAAGAACCAUACGUUGGCUCUUACUUGGGCACGGAACCGACCCUCAUCAUACAAGAUCCCGAAUACAUCAAGACCGUCAUGACCAAGGACUACUAUUUCUUCAGUGGCCGUGAAGUCUCUGCAUACUGUGAAAAGGAACCGUUAACUCAGAACCUAUUCUUCACUUAUGGCGACAAGUGGAAGGUACUGCGUCAGAACCUUACGCCUUUGUUCUCAUCCGCCAAGAUGAAGAACAUGUUCCAUUUGAUCGAGAAAUGUGCCCGUAUCUUCGAGAACAUGGUCGACCAGGAAGUACAGAAAGGUAAAGACAUUGAAGUGCGAGGUUUGACGGCAAAAUUCACUAUGGAUGCCAUUGGAAAUUGUGCUUUUGGAGUUGAGACCCAGACAAUGGUAAAGACUGACAAUAAUCCAUUCACAAGAGUUGGCGAUGUUAUCUUCGAUACUGCCAGAAUGAGAGCAUUAAAGGGUGUGCUAAGAAGUAUUUGGCCAGCCAUGUUUUAUAGUUUUGGAGGUAAAGCAGUCCCCGCUGAUGUUGAUAGCUUUUUCUUCAAUUUGAUGACUAGUAUCUUCAAAGGACGCAACUACAAUCCGACAUCAAGGAACGACUUUGUGGACCUCCUAUUGAAGUUUCAUAACAACAAAACAGUGACUGGGGAUAGCAUGUCAAACUUAAAGGGUAGUUCAGGAAAGAAAGUCAGUUUAGAAGUGGAUGACGAGUUUUUAAUAGCACAAUGUUUCCUGUUCUUUGCUGCUGGGUAUGAGACGUCGGCGACUACGUUGAGUUACACUUUAUAUGAGUUGGCAAAGAAUCCUGAAGCUCAAAAGUUAGCAAUCCAAGACGUGGACAACUACUUGCGUCGCAAUGACAAUGUGUUGAAGUACGAGUGUGUGACCGAGUUGCCUUACGUGGAAGCUUGUGUUGAUGAGGCUCUCCGUCUAUACCCAGUGCUGGGAGUCAUUACCCGGGAGGUCAUUGAGGAUUAUACAUUCCCUACGGGAUUGAAAUUGGAGAAAGGAGUUCGCGUGCAUUUGCCGGUGUACCACAUGCAACACAACCCUAAUUACUUCCCGGAACCGGAGCAGUAUCGUCCGGAGCGGUUUCUGGGCGAGGAGAAGAAAAAUAUUAAGCCGUACACAUACUUCCCAUUCGGCGAGGGACCUCGACUAUGUAUCGGAAUGAGGUUCGCAAAGAUGCAGAUCACGGCUGGAAUUAUUACGUUACUGAAGAAAUAUCGCGUAGAACUUGCGCCGGGUAUGAGCGAGACAAUACAGUUCGAACCUCGAUCUGUAAUCACGGCCCCUAUUGGGGGUAUAAGACUGAAAUUCAUUGAACGAGAAGGUUGGCAGCAAAGAGUGUUUAAGGUGCCAAGUGAAGCUUAAGUUAGGUUUAAGUAAGACCUGUACACCACAGGUCUAAGUGAGAAAAACAAUAUGUACAAUGAGAACUUGGUUCGUGACAGUAUACGGCUAACUUACGUAACUGAUUGACUAGUUUUAAAGCUACUAAAGCCGCAUUAGUUAUAGUGUACGCUUUAUUAUGAGCCCCUGGCAUGGCUUGAAAUUAGUAGAGUGGGCUCAUCGAGCAUUUAUGUAAGUCAAGAAUUGGGUUUCAUUUAAUAUAUGGCUUACGAUACGUACUUAAAUAAAAAGAAAAAAUAAAUUAACUAAAAUCACAGUUUACUCACGUAAAUUAAUAGAGAAACGCUCUACUAGUUUCGAGUCAUAGACGAGGACUCUUCCUCAUGAAAAGCGUGCGCAGAUGUGACGUCGUCGUGGGUUGUGAUUGAGUGUUAAUUUGUGGUUAAUUUAGUAUGUCUCACGAUAGUUAUUAUAUUAAAGAAAAAUUAACAUUAUUUUUGUAAUAUGUGUAACGUUAAAAGAGAUUAAAAAUGUAGUCAUUAAAACAUGGUGAUAUUCAGAUGUUUCUUUAAGUAUAAGAGUGAAGAGCGAGCCCCACUUGUUCGUUGCGCUGUUUUCUGUUUUCCAUAUUAUAUUUUUUUAUACAUCACACCGGCACAGCGCAACAGACAAAUGGGGCUGUGGCCUAAAUGUACAUAAUAUAGUACCGUACUUAAUUAGUUUUUUUACAGAUUUAAUAAAAAAAUUAAACAAUA